ACUGCGCGAGCAUUGGCGCGAGACGAAGAACCGUCGGCCAAGCAAUCCAAUCCAAUCCACCGUCAGGACAGUGGCCCGCAACCGUUUGUCGACGUUUGACUGUCAAAGGUUUUGACAAGAUACUGGUGCAGACAUGUGUAGUUUCAACGCAAACACUGCGAGAAACUGCUGCCAUUUAUUGAUACUUAAUCCUGCCUGAAGAAUGGAGAAUGACACGGAUGCUAGGGAGCGCCUCUUUCACAAUGCAAUCCGUGAAAUACUGAUUCACUUUUUAUUUUUUCUUAUCCUCUACGUUUUUGCGUACCUUUUGAUUUCGAAGUUUAAGAAGAAGAAAGAGUACUACUUUGCUGAGGAUGAUGAAGAUGCCAUUGUGUACCGAAUAUCCCUCUGGAUGUGCUGCUUCAGUCUUGCGGUGUCCCUGGGGGCAGCGCUGCUUCUGCCUGUGUCCAUUAUCAGCAACGAGGUGCUGCUGCUCUACCCGUCUAGCUUCUACAUGCAGUGGCUCAACAGUUCACUCAUCCACGGACUCUGGAACGAGAUCUUUCUUUUCUCCAAUAUCUCCAUCUUCAUUCUGCUGCCAUUUGCGUACCUGUUUACGGAGUCUGAGGGGCUCCCAGGUUCUCGAAAGGGGCUGAUCUCGCGCCUUUAUGAGACGUUCCUUGUGCUCACCCUGGGGGCUGCCCUGCUCUUUGGCAUGACCUUCCUGCUGUCAGCCAUCUUGGACUAUGGCCGGUCCAGCAUCCACUCUUUCUUUGCCCUGUGGAGUGGAUACCUGCCUUUCUUGUAUUCGUGCCUGUCAUGCUUUGGAGUUGUGCUGUUGCUCAUUUGCACGCCAGUGGGAUUUGCUCGUCUCUUUACGGUGCUUGGAGAGCUGGUGAUCAAGCCCAAGUUCCUGCGGGACAUUCAGGAUGAAUACCAUUGCGCCGUGAUGGAAGAGGAAAACCUGCGUCGCAGGGCCUACAUCACAAGCCACGAGUUGGAGAUCCACUACUCUGUGCCUGGUCACAGAAAUGGAACAAAUGGCUGUGCCGCUUCUGUGUUUCAACGAAAACUGUCGCAGCUCGGCAAGAUGCGCAGAGAACUAGCUCUGCAGCAGCUGGCAUCCCCUUGGAGGAGGAACCUGGGCUACCCUUUGGCCAUGCUGGCUCUGCUGAGCCUCACGAUCAUCUCUCUGCUGAUGGUAAUCCACAACACGCUGCAGCUCCUGAUUGGCAUCAAAGCUCUGCCAGUCUCUCCUCAGGUUGAGCAAUUCUCAUUGGGUAUCAGCUCACUUUCAGCUUUGGGUGUCGUCGGCUCAUCGUUGGAGAUUGUGCUCAUCCUCUACCUGUGGUUGGCAUCUGUGGUGGGCUUUUUCACCCUGCCUGUGUUCUGUCGGCUGCGACCCAAGCCAUCAUCAGCCACGCUGACACAGAUCAUCGGCAACUGUGCAGUCCUACUAGUGCUCAGCUCUGCACUGCCCGUCCUGGCAAGAACUCUGGGCAUCACCAACUUUGACCUGUUGGGCGACUUUGGCCGCAUUGAGUGGCUGGCCAGCUUUCCACUGGUGCUCACCUACAACGUGGUGUUUGUGGCUGCGGCUGCCACCAGCCUGGCCACCAAGGUGACAGCGACAGUGCGCACUGAGCUGCUGGGACGCCUUGCAGCCUGGGGCACGGCCACCCCUUGGUUGGUACCAAAGGAGGACUGACAUUGCACUAAUUAUUUAUUAAUAGUUCCUAAUUUUUUUAGCUUUAACAGUGGCAUUACUUAUGUUGCUUUAGUUAAGUAUUGUGGAUGCAUAUAUUGCACUGACCACCUGACCUUUGUCUUGCUACCCUGUGUACAAGCCCAUGUUUAUGUUUACCUAUCUUCAGGCCUGUUCAUUAUUUUUCUUACCCCUGUGUAUUUUCUUUUUGUAAAUAAUGAUCACUAAACUGGUAUGAACAACUCGGACAAUUGCAGUGGGCUGAUCACCUAGUCACAGCUUUUCAGGUCAUGUGUUAACAUGCUGCAGUGAGCAAGAAAUGCCUCGUGGCACUGGUGCGAUACUAAGACAUACCCUAUGGCGUUCACAUGGAUUUGUGUAUUCAAAGCAUUAGCUUUGCACUGCAGGCCCCAACACUCGGGGGAGAGCAUUGGUUCAAAUACCUGCUGCCCAGCUGGUACUAUGGCUUUUUUGAAAGAUUUGUGUGGGAGAAUAUUUCUUGUACAGAUGUGCCACCUGCAAAUAAGCUGUUCAGCUGAACAUGGCUUAGUGCCCUUUACAGGGGACAUGCAUCACCGUAACAUUGCCUUCUCAAUUAUGAACUUACAAUUGUCGUAUUUUCCUAUGUGUAAGUGACGUUGUGUCUCAUCCCCCAUGCAGGCACUCGUUUUGGUGAGAGAAGGUGGCAUAAAAAUUGUACCUCUGUAUAAGAUGCAUGUCUUUAUUUGCUCAGCAUGGUGAAACCUGACCACACAAUUUUAUGUUCCAUGCAUGAAAUAUUUUAGUGUUUUAGCCAUCAUGAUCUUUAGUGUAGUGUGCGAUACACAAUCUGCCACAAGAGACAUGCUCACAUGUGCAGUUGUAAUCUUGCCUACCUGCAGGUGAAUAUUGUAAUUCUUUUCCAUUUUUGGCAUGCUCAAUUAACCUGUAAGCCAUCUCCACACACUGCGCAAUACUAAUGUGUCAGUGGGAGUGCUGGGUAUGUGUGGCUCGCCUGCCUUCAACUGCUGGCAUGUUCGUGCUCACAUAGAGGUGGCAUUUCACAGUGCAUGCAGCUUAAUGACACGAUUUGUUGCAUUACUGCCUGUUUUGCCCGCAAUAAAUCGGAAGGAGCUUAAUUUGCGGUAAUGCUUGACAAGAAUGUACAAUUUGUGUGAACAAAACAAUGACCGCUAUUUCUCACUGUAAUGGCAAAAUAAGGCACACUGUGUUUUGCCCUGACACUACCAGAUGGUGCCACUCUUUCAGUGCAGCAAAAUAAGCAAGGUGUUUGCUGCACAUUAUUUUCCACCUAGAGAACACGCACAAAAAUGCAGAAACAUCUACAGUCACAAGGGCAGCUCUUCCAACUGAUCUACUUAGGGUGUAUACCCAUGAAUAAUUAGACAUAGGGAAGAAGGUGGAUCACAACUCAUCACAUCACAUCACUUUAUUUUCCUUAAAGACCCCGUUUGGGGUGUUACAUAAGGGGUGGUGUUUACAAGAUGCAGGCGUUUACAGAAGUAGAAAUUGUGGAUGGACAGGUUAUGGCAGCGAUAUGGUGGGGAAGGCCGUUCCAGUCAGUUGCCGUUCGUGAAAAAAGUGAGUUUAUGAAACUGUUGAUUAGUAAAAACUUAGAGCGCUAAAUACACGAAAGACGUAGAAAAAGAAACACACACCACACGAGCGCUCUGAGUUUUUAUUAAUAUGCGUUACCAACUAGCCCACCUAACUAUCCUUUUACAGCUGUUGAGACAACCAGUUUAAUGUGAAAGAAGCUCAUUUCAGACUUAUUACAGCAGAAGCAAUAUACAGCAUAAACUGCUUUUAGCGUAAGUCGCCAGAGUCAUGAAUAUGCACGUAAGCAGUACUGCACUAUAACCAAAACAUUUUUCAAAGGCUGAACACAUGCAAAACAUGUAGACCAAGCAGCCAAAUGUAUGUGAGAAUCGAAGCAUGCGACCAGGAUGUUUGCAUUCGUUUAAAUUGACAAACAUUGAAACAUUAAUGUGCAAGGACCGGUGGUCUUCGCAUGAAGCAUACAAAGUAAAUCAGAAAAAAGAAAGUUGUGCAGAUCCCAUGCACUGUGAGAGCCUAUGUUAUACGAAGCAUUUUGCAGGUACCUGGCUAUCCAAUGUGAAAAAGUGAGAACAGAUUGCGAAGUCGUCAGCAGUGUCUGUUAAAAUGACGAUGGCAUUUGUACCUUGGUGAAGAAAUGUUAGAACCUGAUUAACUUGGGUGAUCAUGAAGUUUCUACAAUGUCUGACAGUUCCUAUGUAGCAUAAGCUGCUAGGAAUGGGCUGUGUGUUGAAAUGCAAAGAACAUUGUAGCUGCGCAAAAGUUGUAUCGAAGUCUCGGGACCUUCGUUUCGGUCACUUGAAGCGCAUAUGUUUCGAGAAUGUUACCACCUUCGUCAAAUAUUUUCUUCUUGCAUGGUGCUAUAGGUGUUAGCACCAAGCGGACCAUAAAGUGAAAUGCUUAGCUAAUGGGAUACAAAGGUACAGUGCAAUAAGAUGGUUCACAACCCAUAAUUGUAUUAAACAUACUUGAUUCAUGCUAUCAGAGGCCUCACCGCAAAUUUAUUGGCCAUGUACUGGCCGCUAUGCCUGUGUUGUUAAGCCACAAAAAUAAAAUGUUUAGUGUGUAAAAGCAAACGGAAAGAAGUGAGUUGCAUGGGCAUGCUUGUGCUGAUAUAGACUGAUAGGCAUGAAGGCACUCGCACUGGAAGCCUGAUUGGUUCGAUAAGGUGCCCAUAGGUCAGUGUUGGCCGCGUUUAGUAAUUGGGCGUCGGCGAUGCCAAUAAGAGGAUUCAGUAUAGCAGUAUGCAGUGUAUAGCGGUAUGUGAAUGCCAAAGGGCUCGAGCAGCUUCUGGGAGCCACAUUAAUGUUUCUCUCACUUAGUUCUCUCACACACUUACUCUGAGGAUACUGUAAAUAAAUAAAUAAAUAAAUAAAUAAAUAAAUAAAUAAACUGCAUCCAUGGGGGAACAGCGCACUUGUAAAUUCACAAAAUAGUUAAUAAUGCUCAAAAACAUGUUUGUUGACGAAACAUUUUUAUGCAAAUUGCGAUAAGAAUUGUUGCAAGAACGUCUACAAUAUGCAAAACAAUUUAUUUAUUUAUUUAUUUAUUUAUUGAAGAUACCUUACACGCCCCUUGACGGCAUUGAGUAAGGGGGUAAAAAGUGCGAACUAACUUGUCAGUGUACAAACAUACGGCUCAAACUUGCAAUUUAACACAAAGAAAUGGAGAGGAAUCGAUGAUAAUGUGGUAUGACGGCAAAUAUAUGGUUGGGCAGGAAAAAAGAUAACAUGAAAAAAAAAAUAUUGACUGGCAUUAUACAUAUGGCAAAACUGCACACAAGAACAAUAAAGUAUACCAAUCACAAUGACAACAGUAAAAAGAAAAGAAACUAAACCAAAGAUAGGCAGCCAAAAUGCGGAUUCUAGGUGCAGGAACAAUUGGCAGUGUUUAAAAGACGCACAAUGGUAGGGCAUGAUAAAAACGCAGGAACUAAUCACGUGCACAGUAAAAACAUUUAUCAAUAUAAAAAGUGCAGUUGGGCACAAAGUGAGAUACUGAAAGAAAAUUAACAGAAAAACAUGUGCAGUGGUACAAAAAAUGGCGGAUGUCCUUUGUCUUAAAGCUCUAAAAAUAACAAAUAAAUAAAUACAUGGGCGGGAUGCAGGACAUGGCACAGGAAGUAAAACAAAAUUGUAAAAGCUAGUAAGUUUUCAUUGCGAAAAGAAAGACUGCAGAAGUUGACAGAAACUAUCGUGGUCUGGUUCGGAUGCAAUGUUGCCUUGAAGACCAUUCCACAAACGUAUGGUGCGAGGAAGAGCAGAUGAGUUGAAGGCAUGAGUUGACCCAUAUAAUCGUGUGAAAAGUGAUUAUGCAACUGACUUGAUGUAAUGGAAGGAGCAUCAAGGUGAAGUGGGAAUGGUCUGUUGCUGAAUGCGUGUUUGUGAAAAAGGCAUGAAAGAGCAAUUUCAUGACGAGCACUAAGGAGUUCAAGUGAAAGAUUGAGCUUAAUUUGCGUUAUGCUUUUAUGGUUGUCAUAAUUGCUUGAAAUGAAACAAGCGGCCCUAUUCUGAACCGCUUCAAGCAUGUUAAUUAAAUAAUUGUGGCAGGGAGACCAAAUAGAUACAGCGAAUUCAAGCUGUGGGUAAACAAAGGUCUGAUAAGCUAGUUGAUGAACGUGAGUGGGACAGUUAUGUAAAUUUUGACGUAAAUAUCCUAAAGAUUUUGAAGCUUUUGCGCAUAUGGUGGUAAUAUGAGUAGACCAGUAGAGGCUGGAUAUGAAAUGAAUACCAAGGUACUUAUAAGGUGAUGCCUGCGACAGUUGGUAAUUGUUAAUGGUGUAGCAAUAGAUGGAAAUGUUUUGUUUGCGUGUGAAGGAGAUUAUUUUGCAUUUUUCUGUAUUCAGCGACAUGAUCCAUUUUUUACACCAGUUGUUAAUGCGGUAAAGGCAGAUUUGCAGCCUUAAGUGGUCGUCAGCACAGGUUAUUGGACAAUAUAUGAUGCAAUCAUCAGUGAAGAUUCGCAUGCAGGAAGAAAUGUUUUCUAGCAAGUCGUUUAUGUAGAUUAAAAACAAUAGGGGGCCAAGGACGCACCCCUGUGGUACGCCCGAAGUUAUUACCUAUAGCCAUACAUGAAUGGAGUGGCAGGUCCACUAUUGCACCGUCAUCACAUGGUCCCUGCUGGCACCUGGUGUGUAGAAAUCCCUCUAAUGUGUAGUCUGAACAUGGCUUGGAAAAAAACAAAAAACAGUUGCAUGCGCCUUAGCAUUCAACUGUAAUUUUGGUUUGUGUCUGGCCAUUCUAGUUAUUUAUUUCUGCGAUAAGUGGUAGGUGGGAACGGGAAUUUUGCAUGAAAUAUCGGUCUUGCACCUUUAUGUGUUCAUACACCAAAAAAACAUGGGGAAGGCAGGAGAUGGAAAUUCAAGAUGAUGAACAAAACGAGAACAAGGUGAAAGCAGGAGCCAGUGUUUCGACUAGUGGACUUGUCUUCUUCAAGGCCUUGAAGAAAAGUCCACUUGUUUAAAAAUUGGCUCCUGCUUUCACCUUGUUCUCGUUUUGCUCAUCAUACGCGAAGAGUUUCUCUCCCUUUAAAUGUCCCCUGCCAUGACGGGGCCCAAAGUACAGUUCCGAGUUAUCCGUUAGUUCAAAUUAUAGGAGUUGAAAUUAUAGGGACUUCAGUGUACAUUUUAAACACUAGAAAAUGGAAGACUGCAGUUCUUUUGCAUACUCUGAAGUCAGUUCUAUGACAGCUGUGAGGCAGUUAUUAAAAAUGGCAGGAGUUAAUCCAAAAAUGAAGGACUAAUCUACAAAUUGUGGCCCUUAGCUUACUGAGCUGCUCCAUGGAGUGUUAUGUUGAAUUCCAAUGGCGGAGUCGGAGCAGCCGACGGACUCCGCGAGCGAGCACUUAUACUGGCACAGAGCAACGCCUCCAGAUCCACGAGUGGAACACAACCUGCGCCGCCGGAGCAAGGCGGAAGCGGAAGUUCUAUCACCGAGUUACCCAGGAUACCUUGCGUGUUGUUAUUUUCUUCCGCUGUUUGCUCCCAGCACCGCCGCACUGGUCACUUGUCUCUUCAGUGCCGUUCACCUGUUUUUUUAAAAGUGCGUAAUGGAUAUCUCGCCAAGCGUGCAGCAGCUUUUGCUUCCUCGCGAGACAAACGUGGUAAAGAAAAUACGUCACGCAGAGUUCCAGUCCCCUCCGCCGAUUUUGGCGGAGCAUCUUUUUCUGCUCCACGGAGUGACUCCCGCUCUGAAUCCCCUCCGACUCUCUCAUUGGAACAUCUUGCUCCCGCCCUCACUCUGCCAUUGGAACAAACUUGCUCCGAAAUGAGCAGAAAAACUUGCCCUGACUCCGCCAUUGGAAUUCAACAUUAGUCUCAAUAUAGCUGCCCAAAAUUUGAACUCUGCCGCUCCAAAAAUGUCCUUUUCCACCCGUUUAACCUGCAGCAAAUUUGAGAUGUCCUGCUCCCAAUUAAAGAUUUUCCUGCUCCAGAAGUUGCGCCAAAAGCUGUUCUCGCAAUCCCACCCUGUACAUAAUGCCACCUAUCUUGAGAUUAUGGGUGAACUUGUGAACAUAACAAACCACUGCAAGUCUUGUGGUUCUUGUAGUUGCUCUUUUGCUUGUUGCUUGUGUCUUUUAAAAGUGAAGGUGUUUCAGCUAUUUCAAGGCUUUUUGACAUAAAAUAUUUCUUGGUCAUUUUUAACUGAGAAGGCUCCCCGAAGCACUGUUCUAACAGUUGAACCAUAUUUAGAAACCACAGCAAGGGCUCUCAUUUACACAUAAACUUCCACUGCGUAACACCCUGCAGAUUUUAGAUUUAAAGUUAACUUUUUUAGCACAUACAUAAACCUCGACAUAAUGGAGUCCGUAAAAUCGGCACAUUAUAUAUUGAAGUUUCGUACUGAAACGCGACAUUUUAUGCAAGUAAGUAUACAGUUGCCAGCGAAUCUUUCUUUCAAGAAGGGGGUCGUAAAAUGUUCAAAAUUAUUGGGCAAUUGGGAGAAACUAAUUUCAGUAAGAAAAGAAAUUGUCAUUUUGCUGAAUGUGGGAUUCGGUGAUCAAAGAUACGGCGUUAUGCCGUGUCGAUGAUAUUUCCACGUCGGCAGUACGAAGCGAAGCGUGCAAAGCUUUCGCAUCCACUCAAUCACCACGGUUGAUAGUGUAGCCCACAGUGGGAUGACGCUAUUAUGAAGAGCGGAAGCAAAGAGAAGCUAACACUUUGUCUGCCUCUCACUUCAAUGCGUCUACGAAACUUGAGGUUACACGACAUCCAGCACUAAACGCCUAAAAAGACAGCGCACAUGAAGCCUCGGCUUGGCAAGCCUUUCCACCUGGCAUAGAUAAUCUCCAAGAUAAUGCGCACGGGCCACAUAUGCCUUCAGUCAUGCUGACAACCACAUGCACCCACAACCGUGCUCGAAGAGGCAUCAAGCCACCAUCCUUCUUGGCUCACCCUCGCACCCACAGCAUACGUCGUGUGAGGCAUAGUAGGACUUGGUGCUAAGACCGGAUGUUUAGGCAUUAAAAAAUGCUGUUUUAGAUGCCUGUGAAAGGCACUAAAGCCGUUAUUUAAAGGGACACUAUAAGCAAAUACUAAGUCAAGCUAAAGUGAUAGUGCUCGAGAAUCUCUAAGGCGCCAAUGUUAUCGCGAACAGAGCCUUAAUAAUAGAGAAAUCGAGCUAAAUGCAGGACAUGAUUAGAGACUCCCCCGGGACAUUCAAGCACUUGCCUGAUGAUGAAAGCACUCCUCAGUUAAAUUCUGUCACUAGUACUCAACUACUCCUUGCAAAAAACAUCCUCGCAUUGUAUUAUAAUAUGAAAUAAAAUGCUAGUUGUCCACUUCCAUUUCAUGUUUAGAAAAAACACAUUGAAAUUACCAUUGACAAUGAUGUGGGCGGUCGAAAGAUUUUGUUUUUGCUCGCUUCUGCACCGCCCACGCUUUCGCGUUUCAGUACUUUCCUGAUCGCGUAGUGCUGCGCAGGUUUUGCUGGCUCACGAAACUUGUUCAAACUACAAGUAGCAGAGAAUUCAACUUCUAUGUGAUGUCGCGGGAUGCCUGAGUGGUCUACGCCACUUGACCAAAAAGCAGCUGCAGCGGUGAUUCCGCCGCUCUUUCUUGGCUCGGUGCUGCCGUCUCUCGGGUGCCGUUUUAUUCACCGAUGGCAGCAAAGGGCGGUGAUGACGUAUGCAACGUCACCACUCUCCGGUUGGGUGGCGGGAGAUUUUAAUUUCGAAAAAGGCAUUCAGACCCUUCAAAUAAAAUUUGCUCGUAAACUAAGUCUUUUCUUGGCGUGAAACAGCCGUUGCAAGGUUUCUGGAAAGGUAAUUAAACAGUCCAGGUCGCAUUAAUAUUUGCCUUUAGUGUCCCUUUAAAGCAUAUAUAGGUACCAUAUAAUAUCUUUGAGUCAUCUAUAGGCUUAGUUAAAGGAACUCUAGCUGUGCAACUGAGGAUAAAUUCUUCGGAGCACAGUCUACAAAACCCUUGUUUUCUGAAAUUCACUUUAUUUUCUUGAUAAAGUAGAAUGAAGCAGUGUAGGCUACAAGAUUUAUUUGAAGUUUAGUGUGACUAGGCACCAUGCAGAAAGUUGUGAAAUUGUGGACAAACAUGCAGAAUCUCAAGAUUUUUGGGUUUCGUGUUGAGCCUUUCUGUAUUGAAUAUUGAUUUGUAUGCAGAUAAGGAAGACUCGGCAACCACCGAAGUUAGGGGCACAUAUUUGUACUUUGGCUUGUUUGAUGGCCUUCCAGAAUUCCACAAUGUCUGCCAGUCAGAACCUUUGAUAACUCUGUCAGCAACAGGUUCAUUGGGAACAGUGGCGGCCCUUUCUUAAACGUCCAGAAUGUGGCUCCACAUUCUGGGUCAGAGUUGUGCUGGGCAUUCAAGUUUCUCAGUGAUGUAGGCUAAUAACAUGAAGUGAGCGCACAAGUGUGCUUAGCCUCCUUCUAGUGCAUUGUACAGUUUGAGCCCUUCUCACAGCGAGGCUUUUGUCUGCUACAAAGCUGUUAAUAAUGGGCACAGGCAAAGUGUUUCUGGUAACAGUCCACUGCCUUCAGCCAAGGUCCCAGGAGGGUGAUCACAUUAUAAACAAUAAGGAUAGUACAAAACAGAAGAAGGCAUUUUUAGGCUCUGAUAAUUCAAUAUAGGCACUAAUAUUGAAAUAGGCUUUAAGAGGCACAAUAAAAGUGUCGCUGAAAUGUUUCUGGGCCCAUAGUUCAUGCUUAUAUGGUAAAUAGGCAUGAUAAGGACGUAAGGGAAAAAUAAGCAUAUUGCCUAAAGUUCUGGUCUCCGUUUAUUGCACUUGGACUUUAUUAAUAAAGGGAAAUGAGACAUCCACCCAAUCGUCCUGGAAAGGCGGUGGUCCCGGGUUCUAGUCCCGGACCAGGACGAAUUUUUCCUAAACUGCGAGGCUUUUCUUUCGAGGAACCCAGAUGGGUUUCCUUUGUAGCAAUUGCUACGAUUGGGUGGAUGUCUCAUUUCCCUUUAUUAGUUACUUCCCUCCACCUUGCGGGUUUCCGCAGAACUAUUACGUCAAACACUUGCACUUUAUAUGGAGCAUGUUGGUGAGAGGGCUUUGCACUUAGCACUAGUACCGCUACUCGUGUGUAUCAGGCGCUGCUCCAUUUUGACGGCCACUCUCUGCCGGGGCGCAUGUGAUUUGAAAGAUGCGUUCACAAGUAGCUGCAUGUAAUUCAGCCAUUUGACCAGCUGUGGGUUUAGCGUAUGUAUAUAUAUUAACCCCUUCGCUUCUGCCCGUGUGGUUCUUUGCCACACCUGGUGGUCCGCAGCACAUUUACCUGCUUCAUCGAGCAUGUACCACAUUGUAAGAAAAUUGCUCUAAAAUCUGCUACAGCAUUUACAAAAUGUCUUAUUUAUUUUGUUCACAAAAGGCUUCCGCAUCAGAUGCAGUGAAAAAAAAAAAAUCAAGAAAAAUUUCAAGCGUGCUGAAACGUGAUGUGCACUUUUGAGUUUCUUGCACCCAGAACGCCUCUUAGACUUUGGAACUUGGCCUUCGAAAGCAUUCAAUAGUUCUGCUUUGCAGUUUUCAGUGGUAUGUGCUGAAAGAAAUGCAUCCGCUCGGAAGCCUUUCCGCUUUCUUCAAGUGAGGUACUCUGGUUACAACGGCUACCGCAACAGAAUGGAGUAAGGCGAGCCGGAAGCUUUGCAUUGUUUUACAGAAUACUCCUGCUGAAAGUGUAGACAAGUAGGACGAUCCAGUGCGCGAAGCCCAAUACAAGUAGACAAUAACCUGCAAUGUGCUGCCAUCUAUAAAAAAUAGCCAGAAUCAGCCGUUCUUUGAGCGACUGGUGAAUCACUGGUCCACGACCUACUGUAUAUAUAUAUAUAUAUACAAUAGAUCGUGCACUGGUCACUUCAACGUUGGCCUUGGCAAUCGUGGCUGGUGUAUCAGCGGUUGUAGAAGUGAAUGGGUUAAUGUUUUUUAUUAACGUUUGCUGACAAAAAUAUUGCAUAAGCCAAGAAAAAGGUGCUGCCGUACAAUCCUUCCCCAUUCCGAAAUAGUGAAAUGAGACAUUACUACACUCUGCCUCGAGUUGGCCUUCAAAAAGUCAGGUUCAUCAUCUUCAUAGGCAUGUGAUGGCAAAGUUCCAUAGGUAAUUGGUAACGUCGGUUCAUCUAAGGAAGUCAAAGGUACAAGCAGUGCAGCAACUACAAGAAUCCUCAGAACUUCAGUGGUUCCAUAUCUUUAUAAGGCUGCCCAUAAUUUCAAGAAGGUGGCAGACUGGCAUUAUUUACGUUCUGCUUUCACUGCCCCUGUCAAGCUCGCUUGCCUCUGCUUUUGAACCACUCGAGAGAGAGCAGAUCAGCAAGGUUGCGGAAGAAAUAUGCAAGUUAUUGCAAGCGUUCAGUAUAAUAAUAAAAAAGAAACUGACUGUAUAAUUAAUAUUUUGCUUCUGUUGUAGCAAUCUCAAAGAGGAUUUUUCGAUUGCUGGUUAUCUCAAAUGUUGCGAUUUGUCUUGCGCUCAUGCAUCUCCGAUUCCCUAUGUCAGCUUGUUCAUGGGUAUGCACCUUCAACGAAUCAGUUGGAAAUGCUGCCAGUGUUGUUGUCAAUGUAUAUAUAAAGUGAAACUUUCUUUGCCUCAAAUGCCUCAUACGCCAAUAUAUGAAAGCCUCUAACCCUACAGCUAGAAUAGAACUGGCAGAAUUUUCCAAGUUAAUCAACAAGCAUAAGGCAGCUGACAUAAGGAAGUAUAAUAUGGAUAGAAUUGAACAUGCUCUCAGAAACGGAGGAAGCCUAAAAGCAGUGAAGAGAAAACUAGGAAUAGGCAAGAAUCAGAUGUAUGAGUUAAGAGACAAAGCCGGCAAUAUCAUUACUAAUAUGGAUGAGAUAGUUCAAGUGGCUGACGAGUUUUAUAGAGAUUCAUACAGUACCAGUGGCACCCACGACGAUAUUGGAAGAGAGAAUAGUCUAGAGAAGGGGUAGAACCAGCGCAGUCACGAAGGAGUGAAUAACAGCCUUGGCACUCUUCGCUCGCAGCGCUCGUAUAUGGGGGGGAAGGGCAGUAGAGGAAAAAAGAGAUGCCAAGAAGGCAAGGUAACACUAGUACUAGAUACAGCAGCAGCUGUGGACAAACUGAAUAAAUUUAAAUUUAAGGUAUGCUAUGGUAUGUUACUGCCAUUUCUGAAAAAUAGUCACCGGGCAAAUUUGCCGAGCGCACAACUGGUGCAGGGAGUGCAGACAUAAAGCCUCAAAGCACUGCAGCAUUUAAACGACAUUACGGAAGCGCCCGUUUAUCAAAUCAACACUUCUGUACCCGUCACAGUAUUCUUGUGGCCAUUGCUCAAGGUGAUGGGUUUGAGGCCAACCACAGCAGCCGCAUUUCAGUGGGGGCAAAAAUGCAAGAACACUUGUGUACUCAGAUUUAGGUGCACGUUAGAGAAUCUUGGGUAAUGAAUAAUCGGAUUGAGGACUUGGCACUUAAAACCCAUAAUUUAAUGAAAGUUUAACACAUCUGCUACGAUGCGUUGUGCCAUGUGAGGGUAUGACAGGGCUAACCAUCUCGCAGGCUGUGAACAGUGGUGCACAACAACACCUCAAGCGAGCGUGUCUCGCUGUGUAUUCUGUGUACUACAUAGACAAACACAAGUGGUUCACGGAAGUAAUGUUUAAUACUAACUUACCACUCUAGGAUUGCACUAAACGCUGAUGAACAUAAACAUUCGACAAACAUCACCGCCAAUCAUCGUCUCUGUACACAAACGGCACAGGAAGGUUUUCUUACAUUGAUUCCCAUAGUGCGUGGGAUCCACAUAAUCUUUUUGUGUUUGUUGUUUUAGUGGCAAAUAUGCAUUUUAGCAAGCAGAAACUAUGCUGAGAAACAGUUCUUCUGAAACAAGUUUUUACUUGACUUCACCUCGGGCUAUGCAUACUUCUUAUACUGGUUGAAACGCCCAAGUAAUGCACCCAAACUGAAUAUUGUCACUUUGUAGUUAUGCUGAAGAACAAGACAGUACCAAAAUAUGAUUAACAAACUUAACACUUUAGUGAACCUGUACCCAAGAAAAUGAAUUACACUCUAAGCACAACAAUAGCAGCAAGCACAGUCUGUGAUCAUUGAAAAUCUAACCUGCAGAUCGAGUGCAACGGUUAUUUAUACACAACUUGUUGGAGGUUCCAGCAUAAACCCCGGUGCUUGUGUGCCGGUCAGAAUUUACAGCACUAUUUGUGACUGCAUGUACAGUUAAAACUCGAUCUGACAAAACCCAAUUUUACAAAGUUCACAAUCUAACAAAGAAAUUUCCAUUCCCUGGCAGGUACCCAUAGGGUUCAAUGUUGUCAUCUACCCGAAUUAACGAAACUAAUUGGCCACCAAACUAGAUCUAACAAAGCUUUUCCUGAAAUAAAUGUGUAAAAAAAGCAGGGAUUUCUUUCUAGUUGUGACACAGAUGGGUUUUUCUUUGAGCGUACACUCUAAUGCUAUUGCGUUAAAAACAUCUAGGUGCCCUAGUCACGGCCCUACCUUUAUUUUGGUGAGGCUGCACGCCACGUCCAUGCAUGGAACAACAGACUCUGUAGUUGCUGGUGCACUUAUGUACCAGACGGUGCUAGGGGUGACGGUGAUUGCUUUUGUUAUUUCAUGGUUUAUGCAACAGAUGGCAUUAAUUGUCUCCUCGCAACUUCCUCCCAAGCGAGGAAGCCCAUAAAGAGGGAGCACUGCCUUGCUUGAGAGGAAUCCAUUUAUCCAUUAUAAUGUGAAGCGAUGCCAUAAACAAACGAGACACAACUUAUAAACGCAUAUGCCAAUAGGGCUUUAUUCAUUGUUUCUGCGAAUUGCCACCACAAAAUGAAGUGAAAAUCCGAGUACCGAAACCUUUGUUGCUGUUGGCGAGAGCAGCAGUGUCCUUUAUGACAUCCACCAAGGUUAUGCAGCACUGCUGAAAUACCUGUUACACAAUCGAACUCAACAAAGCUGAUUGCCCAGUGACCCACCGCAUGACUUCGAAAGACCGCUAGUUUGACGCGCCUGCACAACAAUUCCAAUGGUCUUGUUCACUGUUCUUCUUAUGAAAACAAAAUUGUUAUUUCCGUGUCACGAACCUGAACCGUCAGGCACAUUUUGUGGCCAUAAAUUAAAGAAAACAACCAAUAAAUUCGUUAUAUUCGUGCAAAUAUAUGUAGCAUGUGCUAUUUCAAUUUAAAAAUGCACUUGAAUGCUUUGCUGGCAUGGUGACGUGACAUUAAAAGAAUGUAUUUUAUUUUUAAAGGGACACUAAAGGCAAAUAAUUCAAGCUAAAGUGACAGAUAAUGCUCGAGGACGCCUCGUCAAUAUUAUCGUGAACAAUGUUUUAGUAAUCGAGAAACCGAGGUAAAUGCAGGUCAUGAUUUGAGACUUGCCUGGGGCAUUAAAGUAUGAGCCCGAUGGCGAAGGCACUCGUCAUUUUAUUUAUGCCGCCAGUGCUAAACUUCUUGUAAUAAAAAGAUAAUUGCGUUCCAUUAUAAGACUGAAGAAAAUGCUACUCGUCCAGUUCUACCCAAUGGUUGGAAAAAGUAACUCAUUGAUGACAACGAUGCGGUGGUCAAAAGGUUUCAUUUUCGCUAGAUCCUGAUUUGCCCGUGCCUUCGCGUUUCAGUAGUGUCAUUAUCACGUAGUGCUACGCUGGUUUUGCUGGCUCUUGAAACUCCCACAAAAUGCAAGUAGCUGAGAAUUCCAAGUCUGAUAUGCGGGAUGCCCGAACGGUCCAUGCCACUUUUACAAGCAGCUGCAGCAGUGAGUCCAACGCUCUGGUCUGGCUUGGUUGCUCCAUGGCUGUGCAUUUACAUUUUGCACGAAAAAAUGUAGUGCUAUCUGUCAGGCACCGUUUUACUGACAGAUGGCUGUUUCAUUCUAUCAAACUACUCCUGACAUGCUAGCGUUACCUCAAUGAAGACGACACUUAACUUGCCUGAACUUUCUUUCCGUCGUAGACGCUUCUGCCUUUAGCUAUUCCGUAAGAUCUACCACCACAACCCUUUGCUGAAAGAAUAGCUUAUAACCCAACCGUCAUACAUAUCAUCUCGCUCUGAUCACAGUUUCAAAGUUGGUGUGCCGUCUUCACAUACUAAACUUUGUAGUAAUGCAUUCAUCCCUAGCACAAGCAAAGAUUGGAACCACCUUCCCGCCACCGUUGCAGCCAUCCUGGAUACCGACACCUUCAAAACCAGCAUCCAUGAAACGCCAUGUUAAAUAUGUCUUUGUUUUGUUAUGUUCACCCACUCCUUUCUGUAGUGCCUUUGGGCCUUGAAAGUAUCUUAAAUAAAUAAAUAAAUAACUAAAUAAAUAAAUAAAUAAAUAAAUAAAAGGGUGGAGAUAGCAUAUGCAAGAUCACCACUCCUGCUCAGGGGUGGGCGAUUUGAAUUUUGCCAAAGGUAUCCGCACGCUUUAGACACAUUUUUUAUUAAACGAAGCCUUUUCUUGGAAACAAGCGCUGCAACGUUUAUCCAAUGGUAGUUUAAUAUUAAGUCAACACUUAAUACUUGCAUUUGGUGUUCCUUUAAGCUAGAGUAUAAAAUUGAUGGAUCUCCUGGCAGCUUUCCCUAGGAGCUGGCACAUGUAGUGUCAUCAGACAGGCAAUGACAAUCGUUGCUGCUGUCGAAGAACACCUCAGGAGGCCAAGACAUGUCCGAAGUGCUUGGGCGCUCUGCAGUGAAAGUAGAUUAGUCUUGCAUGUUUUGGACAAAACAGGAAGACUGUAUCGAAAAAAUCCGAAAAGAAGAGCCGUGUAUAGCUGCAACAUGGAGCGCACGGAUGGUCCUCACAAUUUUCCUGCUACAAAUUUGGGCAUAUUCACAGUACAAAUUAGCUUUUUCUUCAUGUAUAAGACGUGGACUCCAGGUGAAGACAUGAUCUACAAUAAUGCCUAAGAACCUGUGAGCUUUCUUGUACGCGAUAGACUGGCCCUCGACAGACUGGCCCCGACAGGCAGCUGCUGCUGUAUCCACAGCCUUCGAAUUAAAAUCUUGCUUUUCAUUUUUCACAUGUUGAGGUUAAAUGUCUGAGCAUAAACUUGUUACCCUUAAGGAAACUUGUCUGUAGCUGUAUGUCCUGCAUUUUGAGAUGCCACAAGUAAUAGACAUCUGCAGCAGAAGAAGUAGAUUCCUGACCUGUUGAAUCGGGCGACAAAGGACCUGUGCUCAUCACCAGUGAUAUUGUGUAACAUAGUUAUGGUCAUUGAUUUUCAGAUACAUUCAAGCAACAUAUGGGGAAUGAACUUUUUACCUUGUCCUUAUGUCAUAAUUCAUGCAUUUAUUAAAUCAGCUCUUGGUAUUAGCACAUCAACGGUCUCACUUUAAUGUGGCUUGGGACAAUGUUCUUCAGAGCAGUUUACAUUUCCAAGCCUUGAACGCAUGUUUUGAAAAGCACUUGCGGGACAUGAAGUCAUGCAAACCACAUGAUUUGUCCUAUUGACCAAUAGUAUGUAUAGAUGACUUUCACAUUUCACCUUAAAAAUAACUAAAGAACAAUAGGUUUUCUUCUUUCCUACAUUUUUGUAUGAGAAGUGCGUAUGCCAUGUCAGUGUUUUCUGCUUUUUCCCAUAUACAUUGUAACAAGCUGCCACAGAGCCAUUUACUAUGAUGUCAGAAAGUUGAUGUGUGAUUUCUUCUGAUUAAAAGAAUUGCAAGUA